AUGGCUCCUACACGAACCGUCGCACCAAAGGCUACUGCCGGUGCUCAACGAGGAAAAGUCCAAAAGGGAAAGGUUACCAAGAAAUACACCAUCAACUGCUCGCAGCCAGUCAGCGAUAAGAUCUUUGAUCUGAGCGCUUUCGAGAAGUUCCUCCACGAUAAGAUUAAGAUCGAGGGCCGAACUGGCAACUUGGGUGAUCAAAUCUCGAUCUCCCAGGCUGGAGAUGGCAAGAUCGAGGUUGUCAGCCAUAUUCCUUUCUCUGGAAGAUACCUGAAAUAUUUGACUAAGAAGUUCCUCAAGAAGCAGCAGCUCCGAGACUGGCUCCGAGUUGUGUCGACAAGCAAGGGUGUCUAUGAGCUUCGAUUCUUCAAUGUCGUUAACGAUGAGGGUGAUGACGAUGAGGAAUAG